GUAGGUAGAUUACGAGCGAGAAUCGGUGACGUCACUUCCUGUUUUGCCGGUCGUCGAGGAGCAGCUUCGUGCUAGCUAACCGCUCGGGAUAGCUGACAGAGUCGAAUAAGACACUCUAUUUAUAUAAGAAAGUUAAUUUGUGAUUUAGCUCAUGUAGUGCUUGACAUUUGGAGUCCAGACUUCGUAUUCUCGGAAAAUUUGUCAGGAUGCCUGUCCAGUGCAGCAGUUGUGGUGAGAGGCGCGCUAUGCUGAAACGUCCCAAGACGGGCCACUCACUCUGUAAGGAAUGCUUCUUCUGGGCCUUCGAGGAGGAGGUGCAUCAGACGAUUGUGGCGGCGCAGCUCUUCAAACCUGGAGAGACUGUGGGCAUUGGAGCUUCUGGUGGCAAGGACUCCACUGUGCUGGCGCACGUGAUGAAGGUUUUAAAUGAGCGUUACAACUAUGGCCUUAAACUCAUUCUGAUCUCCGUGGAUGAGGGGAUCACAGGUUACCGUGACGACUCCUUGGAGACGGUGAAGAGGAACCAGCAACAGUAUGACCUGCCGCUGAAGAUUGUGUCUUAUGAGGAGCUGUACGGCUGGACUAUGGAUGCUAUAGUGAAGCAGGUUGGGCUGAAAAACAACUGCACUUUCUGUGGAGUGUUCAGAAGGCAGGCGCUGGACAGAGGAGCCUUGAUGCUCAAAGUGGACAAGAUAUGUACAGGUCACAACGCUGACGAUGUGGCAGAGACAGUUUUGAUGAACGUCUUGCGAGGUGACAUCGCCCGCCUUCGCCGCUGCACUGCCAUCUCCACAGCCAGCGAGGGUGAAGGGGUUGUGCCACGCUGCAAGCCCCUGAAAUACGCCUAUGAAAAAGAGAUUGUGCUCUACGCUUACUUCAAAAAGCUGGAUUACUUUUCCACAGAGUGCAUCUACUCUCCUAACGCCUACCGUGGGUAUGCGCGGACCUUCCUAAAGGACCUCGAGAGUGUGCGGCCCAGCACCAUCAUGGACAUCAUCCACUCUGGGGAGAACCUGUCGGUGCGGGAGGGGGUGAAGAUGCCUGUGCAGGGCACCUGUAGCCGAUGUGGGUAUAUCUCCAGCCAGGCCCUCUGUAAGUCCUGUGUGUUACUGGAGGGGCUGAACCGCGGCCUGCCAAAGCUGGGCAUCGGGAAACACCACCGCCUGCAUGACAAAAUCCUCACCAAGCAGCCUCUUACAGAAGCAGAGGAGAGGAAGCUCAGGAAGUCUGUAGAUUUCUGAAAAUUAUCAGGAGCUUUUUUAUUCACUGUUGUGGGCAAUUAGGACAUCACGUCUGACACUGAUUAAACAUUUAGUUUGUAGAACAUCUUUCCUGGUAUUAUGACAAUUGUUUUCUUUGUUUUAAUUGGCUUUCUAUACCAGUGGUUUUGAUGCUGGGGUUACGUUUUAGUCUCACAUUUUUUAAUCAUUUUGACAGUGUUCAAGUAUGACAUCUAAACAAUUUAAUGCUUAACACAUACCAAAUCAUCUUCUCAUAACAGGGUCCCAACGGCAAAAUCAAUUCAAAUAGGGUCUGCUGAUUAAUGAAAGUCAUGACGGGGGUCCGAAACAUGAAAGGUUUGAAAACCCCUUUUCUAUGCAACACAACACACACAAAGACUGAAGAAACUCAAGCAUAGUUGUAUGCAUAUUGUCUCAACAUGAGGUUAUUCAUACUCUAUUUAAUAUAUUAUUGAACCAAGUGAUUGUACAUCAUAUUUGGGUUUACUUAAUUACUGCACACUGAAUUGUGUAUGCCUACCUUUUAAUCCUCUUUUUGUGACAACAUUCUACAUUUUGCUACCUCCACUUUCCCAGUCUGCUCAUUUCAGGGAAAGGUCUAUUGUGGAAUAAUAUGUUCACAAUGCAAGAUGCUCUAUGUACUAUAUAUUGCAAUAAACAUAUGUUGUCCUACA